AUGCCCGCAUGGGAAGAAUGGUCAUGUUCUAUGGGUGUUGAAGAACAUGGAAGACAAUUCCCUUGCCUCCAUGAGCUCAAAAUAGUUGGUUGUCCCAAGCUGAUUACAGUUUCACUUCUGAGUCUUCCCUCUCUUCAAAAAUUAGACUUGGUAAAUUAUCAGGAGUUGCUACUCAAAAGUAUUGUUGAUGUGACCUCACUAACAAGCUUAAAGGUUGACCGUAUUAUAGGACUAUCUUACCUUGAGGAAGCAUGGGUGCAGUCCUUGGGAGCACUUGAAAGUCUUGAGUUCAGAGAAUGCAACCAACCGACGGCUUUGUGGCAAAAUGGCAGGGGGGUUACAGAGAAUGCAACACAAAAGAAUAAUCUUGUCGGUCUACGAAGAGUACAUGUUGAGUCGUGUCCCCAACUUGUUUCCUUUGGAGAACGAUUAGAUGAAGAAGGGCCGCCUUGCAUUAAUCUUCAGGAAAUAUAUAUAGGAUAUUGUGAGAAUUUUGAGAAGUUGCCAAAUGAACUGAAUAACCUCGCGUCUCUCACAUCUUUAGAGAUUAGUGGGUGUUCGAAAUUUGUGCGGUUUCCAAAGGAAGGUGUUCCUCCCACACUCAAAUAUCUUUCUAUCCAUCGUUGCAAGGCAUUGGAGUCCCUGCCUGAUGGAGAUCAAUUAUUGCCCAUCAUUGAAGUCCUGGCCCACCAACACGUUACCUACCGCCCUCAAGACGCUUUGUAUUUAUGA